AUGCCCUCAGCAACAAAACUGUAUAGUUAUCGUGUGUGCGAGCCUUCCGUCGCUCAUGACCCGCACCUCGCGCACUCCGCAGCAAUCAUCUCGACAGGCACGACACCCUCACCGAUCCCCGUGCUCGCAGGCAUCUUCACAUUACGGCGCUCAGGGUACCGACGGAGUAGGGUGGCGGCGCACCCUGUGUUCGUGGGCGCACUGCUGGACGCAGCGGGGGCGGCGGCGACGGCGACUGACGGAUACGGCGAUGCAGAUGCGGAAUUUUACGCUGAAAGUAUGAUUCCCGAUGGUUCCCUGUCGAUGGUUGAUAUCAUUCUCGCGGACAACAUGGGUUAA